UUUCCAGAAAUAACACAUCGGUUCCAGACAGCUCGGCCUGAAGUCCGGCAGCUUCUUCUUGGAUACUUACUUCCUUGGCUGUUUAACAUGGAAUUAGUCGAUCCGAACGUACCUCCACCAAACCCUUUACGUUACUUCCAGUAUUGUACCAGUGAUAGUAGGAUGAGCAUAAGAAGAGAAGGCUGGGGCUCAGUCGAGGCGACAGAGAUGGUACUUAACAAUCUCUUUUACAUUACUGCAAAGUUUGCUGACCAACAUGCCAAGGAGAUAGAAGAGGUUUGGGCAACUCUUGCUACAUGUUGGCCAAACAAUCUCAAAGUAAUCAUCAGAUACUUACUUAUCAUAUCCGGGAUGGCACCGAAUGAACUUCUACAAUAUGCGAAAAGAGUCGUCGUGUAUUUGUGCAGAGCCAAAACAGAUAGACUGCUCGAUGAAAUGAUAACAGAACUCCACACUGUUGAGACUCUGAACUGGCUUAUAGAGAGGACAGAAACGCCACCGUUUUACAGGUUGACGAGUAUGCGUAAAGCCUCCAGCCAUUCGGAUCCAGGACAGGCAGAAGCAGCAAGGGACACGACUGAAAGAGGGACCAUUCACACCAAACGGCACAGCGGGGAAGAUCCUGCUAAAGGAACUUGUAAAUCAGAUACGCUUAUUACUUAUGGGUUUACACCUCCAAGAGGUCCUGAUAAAAUACGAACAGCGAGUGGGCCUCCAGGCUUGCUUGAAGAGGUCGUUUCACCAAACAUUGACAAUGAGUUGCAGUCUGUUUCAACUGUACCAGAGGAACACACAAAAUACGACGUUCCUCAGCCGCACCCACUGCCAAUGCCGGAAUACGGAGGUUAUUUUGCACCUUUGACUGAAUACCUGCCAGACAGUUCCCAGCCGAGUACUGGCUUCCACAGGUGUAAUGUUGCUGUGAUGCUACUGACAGAUGUGGUUGUCGAUGUACCGCAUGUGGAUUGGUCAAUUCACCUCCCUCUCAUGCUUCACAUACUAUUCCUCGGCUUAGAUCAUUCUCGAAACCUCGUACACCAACACUGCAAGCAACUGUUACUAAAUCUCCUCAUAGUUUUAUCAGUUCACAAUGAUCAUUUGACAGUUGCACAAAUUCUCCUGAAUAGGAAAACUUUGCAGCUUGAGUUGGGUUUGACCGUGCCUCCUGUCCCUGUACCUAGUCACAACUUCACCGAGGCUGACCCUGAGUUUGACAGCUAUCUCGAAACUCCUGGGGAACAAAAUGUCCAAAAUACUUCAGUCCCUUUAACCACAGCCGCCUUACCUUCAACCGAGAACCAGACAGCAGCGACACCAGUUAUAGUUGUUGCCGAAGAAAACAAUACUUGGUGUCCCCCUGCUAAUCCAUUGCCUACCAUGACUUUGCAAGAAGUAAUAAAGUCACUUAUAGAUUUCAUAGCAUCUAGGCAGAAUCAAGUGAUUUGGAAUUACGAGGACAUUACAGCCAAAGUGUGGUCUGUGCGAAGUGUCGAACAGAUGGACAUAUUCCUUCAACAUGUUCUGCGAAUAUUCCGAGAAUCGCUUCCGCACGCUCAUAUCUCUGAAAGAUGGGGACAGAUCGCUUUGCAACUUGGCCUAUCUUGCUCUUCCAGGCAUUAUGCCGGAAGAUCUCUUCAAUUGUUCAGAUCCCUCCAUUUGCCAAUUAAUUCAAGAAUGCUAUCUGAAAUUUUAUCAAGACUCGUUGAGACUGUAGCUGAGCAAGGAGAAGACAUGCAAGGGUAUGUAACAGAGCUUCUGUUGACUCUUGAAGCUGCUAUUGAUUCUUUGGAGUCCGACUUUCGCCCUCUUGACUUCAUGAAGGAGAUUUUUAAGUCUACGCCUAAUCUGAAUAACAAGGAAGGAGCAGCAGGUGGCAAGAGAAGUCCGGGGGCUGGUAUUGUCAUCCCGGGAAUCACUCCUCUCAACACAUAUCAUAUGAGAAGCACAUCUUAUUCAGUGUCUUCUUAUAGCGGAAUGAGAAAACCAGGAGCUCCGGGGUCAACUAAUGUUGAAAAUAAAAUGGAAAUAAGGUCUAGAUUGAUCCCAGACCCGGAAUCGAGGUGCAGCAGUGCAAGCAAAUACACGACAAAUUUAUGUCGGUCAAGAUCGGCACAAUCUUUGAAACUACUUGGAGAUUCUGCGACUCAGGAUGACAAGAUGACGAUUCUCGCUCAACUGUUCUGGCUCUCGCUUUCACUCCUACAGUCUGACUAUGAGCAUGAAUUUCUCCUCGCUCUUAGGCUUUUGGACCGUCUACUUCACAGGCUUCCACUCGACAGGCCAGACGCACGGGAUAAAGUUGAUAAACUGCAAUCUCAGCUGAAAUGGAACACUUUUCCUGGCUUGCAUGCUCUUUUAUUAAAGGGCUGCACGAAUGCAAUGACAUAUGAACCAGUGAUUGGAAUAUUGGUUCAUUGCAUCCCGCUUUUACAUCUCCCAGUCAUAGACCCUACGCAAAACCUUGCAUUCCCCAUGACUGUCAUAGCACUUCUUCCAUACAUGCUUCUUCACUACGAGGAUGCAAAUGCUCUUUGUAUUUUAUCCGCAGAAAAUAUUGCUCAGGUGAGUAAUGAGAAAGGGAAGAAACUGGAAAAUCUGGGAACUGUUAUGACUCUCUACUCGAGGAGGACUUUCAGCAAGGAAAGUUUCCAGUGGACGAAAUGUGUUGUUAAAUACCUGAACGACACGUACGCAUACCUGACUCCAAAUAUGUUGGCAUUCUUGGUCGAGGUAUUGGAAAAAGGCCCAACUAUGGUGCAGCUACCAGUCUUAAGCAUAAUACAUUGCAUGCUUCAUUAUGUCGACCUUAAUCUUGUAACUGCUCAGGCUCUUUAUGCUGACCUUCUUCGCGUAAUUUCAAAGUAUAUUGAGGGAAUGCAUUGGAAAGAAGCUUUAAAAAUACUAAAACUAGUCGUCAAAAGAUCUUCAACAUUAGUUGCUGCACCGAUGCCAACUCAUCAUACGCACUAUGAGCCGUCACCCCAUCUAUCCUUCACCGAUACUGAAAUCUUUUCUAAAAAGGAGUUACCAGGUAGGACGAUGGAUUUUACAUUUGAUGUUUCUGAAACUCCGCUCAUUGGCAAAAAGGCAAAAAACAAAAAAGAAGACAGUGAUCCAAACAUAUCUUCAAGAAGGUCAGUUUCAUUAUCACUUGCUGAUAACCCAAACACAUCAGGAUGGAAAAGGCCUUGGAUUUCACAGGGUAAAGUGAGAGAAUCACUUGUCAACCUGCUGACCGCCUGCGGCCAAAGGGUUGGACUGCCAAAAAGCCCUUCAGUUAUAUUCUCACAAAGUUCAGAAGUUCUUGAGAGGCAGAGCAGUGUGGCAUCGUCUACCGAAGAAGUCUCAGGGCCGGAUUUAUCAGCAGGAUCUCAGAACCCGGACCAUUUUGGCGUUUUUAAAGAUUUUGACUUUUUGGAGUAUGAAAGCGAAAGUGUUGAGGGUGAAAGUACGGAUAAUUUUAACUGGGGCGUCAGAAGAAGAGUGUUGAGUGAAGGUGAUGGUGAAUUAGACCCUGCACUGAGAGUGCUCGAGGAAUCAGUCAGUGAAACUACACCUGUUCUUUCAGCUAGGAAGUUGCAUGGUGUCGGUGAAACGGUUGAAGAAUCUUCAGACGAUGAAGUUGGAUCGGAAAGUCCACUUGAUGAGUUGGCCCCAGGAGAAUUCGCUCCUACAUCACCAGGAGGAGGGCCUCCGUACACAAACCUAUCUCUAUCUUUAAGAGAAAGGAGCAAUUCAACAACUCAUUCAGACACUAGUGGUUCAAGUGCUGGGGAUCUCGGUGAAUUAACACCAUGUAACGCUUCACCGAAUCUUUCGACAAUAUCAUUCAGGCCUAUUACAAGGCAUGAUUCUGAAGAAGCUUGGCGUACUCACAUACAUUCAUUGGUAUCGCACAUUCCAACUUCACCGCUCCAUCUUUACCAUCUCCUUUAUCGUGUGAUCAAAGAUGUUGUGAAGAAGAGUUUAUUGAGCACACGUGAGGCCUGUCACAUUCUUAACGAACUGGCUCAUGCAGAAGGGAUUUGUUCACAUUUUCUAACCCUAGCCGAGGUUUUGGGCACUGAGUGUGACCCCCCGAUUGUGUGGUUUUCUCCUGAUAGAAUUGCAAAUCCUCGUUUGACAGAAAAGCUCAGAUUCAGUAUGCUGGAGCUUCAGGAGCAUAUUGAAACAUUCUUAGAUAAGAAGGAAUUAGCAGGAGAGUGUAUUGAAAAUUUCAAAGUGUCCAUGAAACUUCAAGAUAACACAGAACUUAUUAAUGCAAUUGAAAUGGGAAAGGCCUUGUAUAAAAUGCAUUUCCAAUUGGUUUUGCUCCUUGAGUCUGCGAAUAAAAUUUAUACUAUUCUUACUACAACUGCUGAUGAAAAUCAGCUCCAAGAUAGAUCUACUGAAGUUGUAAAGAUAAAAAAGAACUUGGUAAAAGCUGAAGAAGAAAUAUCAGGCAGUUGUGAAAGCAGUGGAGAAUCUCUGUCCCCGUGCGACACCGAAACGUUGCUCCAGUUGAUCAGGGAGUCCAAGUGGACCCUUGCAGUCUCUUUGGCCAAAGCCAGCAGGGGUUCUUUGGCAAGCGAUGUCACAUCGACUUCGGCUGAAGACGACGACAUUACUAACAUUUUAAAUGUUUAUUGCUGCAAUUUGGUUAAAGAUAUCCCAGAUGUUUUCAUCAUAACGGAAAAACCCGAGGUCAUAUCAUCAGUAUUAUCAUCGAUGAGGAAUGGUUUGUAUUUAAUCCACCUUGCUGUGAAUGUGCUUGAAGCUAGAUGCAAAGGGACUGACAAGGCAACAAAGUAACUAUUCUAUUCUGUAACAAUGCCAAAUAUUUAUAUUCGUAUUUUAUUUUUGUUAGAAAUUUUUUGAUUGUCAAUAAUCAAUUUGUAGCUAUUUUAUCUUUAAUCUUAUUGAUAAUUUAUUAGCCAAUUUUACAAUAUUUAUUAUAUUUAAUGUCUUGAAAAAGUUAUUUUUUUAUUUUGUACACAGUCGAUAAUCUUUUUCAUAAUUUUUGUUCUAUUGUGCGUCAAUUGUUCUGUAAUGGUUUAGUAAAAUAAUUAGUCUGUAAUCAACUAUAAUUAAUUAAUCUUGAAUUUUAAAAGUUCCUUUAUUUGUAACUGUCAAACUUUAUUCAUUCAAUAAAG